GGUCCCGUAGCAGCCAGGGGGGACCAUGGUUGUUGGGGAUCCAUGGGUGUUGGGGGUUGAGGUAGCUGAGGGGACCCCCCAUGGUAGCUGAGGGGACCCACAGGUUCUGAGGGACCCAUGGGUGCUGUGGGGGCCCGUAACCACCCGGGGGACCCGCAGCUUCAGGCCCAUCCUGCCCUCCCAUGGGCGUCAGGGCUGGGCGUGGAGGCAGUCCUCGCUGCCCUCGGAGGAGGGAGGCCCCAGCCCCCAGGUUUCCGCUGCCUGACAAAGACCUGGGUGGCGCAUCGCACCGUGCCGAGGAGCUCUCUCCUCUUCCUCCCCCCUGAAAAGCUGCCCCUGCUUCACGCCAUGCCGAGGGGACAGGCCCUGGGCGCCUGGGCGCUUCUCGCCAGCCUGGCCAUGGCCGGGUUGGGUGUCCAAGGACAGACAGUAAUUGUGAAAGAAAUAAAUGGGAGGGUGUUCCUGAACUGUGGAUCAGACAAAACAGUAACAUGGUUAAAAGAUAAUCAGGAGAUAGCAAACACAACGGAAUUGGACUUGGGUGCAAUUUACGACGAUCCCAGAGGCACCUAUAUCUGUGCAAAGGAAAAACAACACCUCGCUCUCCAAGUGUACUAUCGAAUGUGCCAGAACUGCAUCGAAGUGGACGCUCCCACCAUCUCGGGGAUUGUGGUUGCAGAUGUUAUCGCCACCGUCCUCCUGAUGGUUGCUGUGUACUGCAUCAGUGGCCAAGACAAGGGACGCAUGUCACGAGCUUCUGACAGGCAGAACCUGAUUGCCAACGAGCAGCUCUACCAGCCCCUUGGUGAGCGGGAUGAUGGACAAUACAGCCGGCUGGCACAUGCCAAGGGCCGCAAGUGAAGCGGGAAGGCAGCGGGGCCAGUGACUGACUCCUUCACACCAGGAUUACUGCUACAGCAAAGCCACUGCCAGUACCAAAGAGCACCGACACCUGGCCCUGGCACUGCCUUUGUGAACUCACUGCUGGCAGAAGAGAGUGUUGCUUUUUGCCUGGAGAGCCCUCCAGAUCCCUGCGAGGACGGGCUCUUUGUAACAUUCUGCUCUUUCCACGACCUGUUGUGUUUCUGUAUUCCUCUCAUUAAAGAUGAGCCUGUUCCGUC